AUGACGACGGCUGCAGAGGUGGAGCAGGCUGGGAAAUGCAAAUUUGGAAACACCCAGAUUGCACAACACCCUGCCUGGAGCUGCCACCUGCAGCCCUGGCAGCAACAAAAAGGCGAGAGAGCGGGCGCAUCGGCAGAGCCCUGCGAGGAGCACAGCCCGGGUACGCCAGCUGUCUGCCCGCUGCAGCGAUGGUGCAAGGGACUCCUGUGCUACGGCACCAACGCUCAGUCCCCUCCGCUCCAGUGCAUGCUGACCGGGCACUGGACAAAUGACCUGGGCUCCAACAUGACCAUCGGGGCUCUGAACAGAAAAGGUGAAUUUGCCGGAUCCUACCACACGGCCGUGACUGCCACCACAAAUGCGAUCCAGGAGUCACCGCUGCAGGGGGCCCAAGACCGCACAAACCAGAAGAACCAGCCCACCUUUGGCUUCACCGUCAACUGGAAAUUUUCAGACUCCAUCACUGUCUUCACGGGCCAGUGCUUCGUGGACAAGGAGGGAAAGGAGGUUCUGAAGACCAUGUGGCUCCUGCGGUCACAUGUGGACAGCAUCCAGGAUGACUGGAAAGCUACCAGGGUCGGCAUCAACAUCUUCACCCGCAUGCCCUCACAGAAGGAAUGA